AAAACAUCUAUAGACGAGCAUAUAUACAAAUCUCAGAUCUCUGAUAACCCGGACACUCUCAGAAAGUUCAUAAAGAGAUAUUACAUAGGGAUCCGCUUUAGAGCUCGUUGACACGUCCGUGGAGUGUUUUUUUUUUUUUUCCGGAUCGCGGUGGACUGAUCAUAAGGCAGAGAGGGGCAGAUUCAGGGGAGGGACGCCAGCAGCAGCAGCUCCCGGUCUCACUACUCACACACAGGGAGAAGACACAGGGCUGACACUGAUGGUGCUGCGCCUCUGAUAAAAAACAAACGGGAGAACUAAACCUGAAAUUUGAGGGAAAGAGCAUUGGGACACUAUGCAGAUGUCAGAAUCAGUCUCACAGCAGGACCGGCUCCAGGCUAUUGCAGAAAGGAGAAAAAGACAGACAGAAAUUGAGAAUAAGAAAAGACAACUGGAGGAUGACCGACGACAGCUUCAGCACCUCAAGUCAAAGGCACUGAGGGAAAGAUGGCUGCUGGACGGUGCGCCCUCUGCAGGACCGGAGGAAGACGAGACCACAAAACAGUUGCGGGAAGAUGAGGCCAAAACCAGAGGUCUUGAGGAGGCAAUUCAUAGACUGGAAAGAGAGCUGGAGGAGCUAGAGACAGGUUUGUCUGCAACAUCCACCAAAGAGAACCUGUCAGACGCAGUACAGGAAGUCAACACCAAGACAGUAGAAAAAAUGGUUGUGACAGACUCUGUAAAAGAGGUCAAAGUUCACGUCAGCCCUCGUCUGGAGAAAUCCGGAGGUGUCUCUGACAUGAUGAGAGCAGCGAUGUACUCCGUAGAGAUCACAGUUGAGAAGGACCUGGUGACUGGCGAGACCAAAGUCCUGUCCACUAACACACUGCUCCCCAAAGACCUCUCGCAGCAGGGGGUCAAGGUCUAUGAGGAUGAACAGAAAGUGGUGCAUGAAGUGCGCAGUGUGGACGGCACAGUAACCAAUGGCGUUCACCAGCUCAGCUCUUUAGAGGUGGAUGAGCUCCUCCACAAAGCUGAUGAGGUGACCAUGAGUGAGAGCGGCAAGACUACACCGCGACUGGAGCAAGGGCAGGCCGAGAAUGUGGAGAAGGUUGAGAAAGACGUAGUCCCAGCUGCAGCCGGCUCCACCCCCAUAAUGGAGAUCACGGGUGUAGAACCGAAACCCGCAACACCUCAGACAGAAGUGGGCGGGGCCAGUGCGGAGAACCCAGUUACGAUGGUUUUCAUGGGUUACCAGAGCGUGGAGGACGAGGAUGAAACAAAGAAGGUUUUGGGGCAGGAAAGCACGACUGUGAAGGCUGAGGUGGUCGUCAUAGAGGACGGAGAUGCCAAAACCACCACCACCACCAGUGACACCAUGCAGGAGCAGGCACCCCCUAAUGGCAGCCCAGCAGAUCCACCUAAGGCUGAAGAAGCGGCAGGAGAGUCAGGACAGCCAGAAGGAGGCGCUGCUGAGGUCAAGAGCAAGGAGAAACAACCCUGCAAAUGCUGCACCAUCAUGUGAGCCUAAACACACCCUCCCAAACACGGACUUUACUGAUGAAAUGCAACAACAUACAGAGAGAACAAUAGCAAGGCAAAGAAUAAACAUUCACUAUCUUUUGAUAGAAGCUGUUGUUUCUUUAAUUGAUUUGACCUGUUUUAUAUUUUCUAUAUUGCUUGAUCCUUAACCCUUGAUACUCUCUAACCUCAUUUAAAUUUUAUGCGUAUAGUUUUUUUUCUGGUUUUAUUGUGGCUGAAAUGAAUCACGUCGUAUGCACUCCCAUGAGAAAAGUCUGAAAAUAAAGACCCUUUAACUGAACUGAACCGAUCAGUAUCCAACAAGCCCCUUAAAUCCUAUUUAGUCCUACCUUUCCAUAUAAAGGAAUGAAAUAUCUUCCAUAAUUACAUAAUAUAUAUGAAGUUUCAUUUAUUUUUUGAAAGAAAUAUUUAUUUUAUUUGAGUUCCCUUUUUGCAAAGCAUGACAUUGUGUACACUGCAAAAUAUUUUCACUUUCGCAUAAAAAAAAACAAAAAAAAAAAUUAUUAUUUUUUGUUCUGUUUUCUCAAUUUUGACAGAGCAGGGAUUGAUUGAACACACCUUGCCUUUGCUUAGAAAUGACAGGAUUGUUGUAAACAAACAGAUUGACCAUUAUACAGGAGUUUUAAAUGAAUGUUCCAGGUUAAAUACAUGUUAAGCUCUCAAUUACUAUAGAAAAUAGUUUUCACUCAUCCCUCAGUUUAUAAUGAAAAAUAUAUAUAUGUUUACAAAAAUGGGAAGUUUGUAUUUUAGUUAAAAUAUUAAUUUUUUCUUACAAAAAUGUGUUUCUUGAGCUGUUAAGUUGUCUAAAUUAUUCUGCCACUACCGUUUAAAAGUUAGGGGUCAGUAAGAUAAAAUAACAGCAUUUAUUUGAAAUAGUUUUUUUAUAUUAUAAAAAUCUUUAUUGUCAAAAGUUUAAUGCAUCCUUGAAUAAAAAAAAAAAUAUUUUUGAUUUUUCAUACUGACCCCAAACUUUUAAACAGUAGUCUUGUAGCUAGACUUUAUUAAAAUGUAUUCUUAUGCCAUUCGCUGCAGACUUCCAUUAUACUUAAUAUACAUUAUACUUUCAUUAUCCAUAAUAAACAUGAUUUCUAUUCAUUAUUUACAAACAUAGGGACAAAUUAUAACAAUUUUGUGGUAAAUGAAAGCAUGUCCCAACUAACCUCUAUUGAACCAACAUUUCUGUAAAUGCAUGUGUAACUGUAUUUUGCACCGAGACAUUUGCUUCAAAUGAAUAUUUCAAAGUGCUUUCUUUUAUCAUACCUUUUCUUUUUUCUUUGCUAUCCCUCACACCCACAAGGACACAAACAGUGAUACAGCAUAAUUUUCCCCUCCUUAAUCUGUAUUUCUUGUCUUUGUUCUCCCGUGAGUCCAGUAGAUUGCACUCUUUCAUAUUGAAAUGUAGGACAAGUGAGCUGAGGAUAUCUCAGUAAGCACUGGUGUUUUGCUGUAAGGCUGUUGGGUGGCCGUUCUCAGUUAGACUGGUCCAGCAAAGGGCUUACGCAUGUGUUUAAUUGUUCCUUUAUGUUUCUAAUUAAAACACUUGUUAUAAUAUAUUAGCCCCACUUGAAGUGCUCUAUUUGAUGGAAAUAGAGAUAAAGAGUAGGGAGUAAGUUGUUAUCUCGAUUACUUUCAAACUGCUGCGUGAUAUAAACUUGCAUUGGAUCAUUUGUACCCUUCUAAUCAUUUCACCUGCAUCACUCACAUGCAUAUUGAGUAUUUAAAAAGCCCUGCCCUUGUUCUGACAUUAAGAGGUGUUUAAGUAUCAAGUGUCCAGGAUGGUAUUUUGAUUGUAUUCCAGUCUGCACUGCCAUUAGCCCUCAGGAAGGGUCAUUGACAGCUCAUUCCAACAAGUGACAUCAGCAAACUGCUGCAGCCAAUCCUAUGCAAGAGCCCUCAUGCUUGUAAACUAGUGUCAGAAUAAGCAAAAGCUCACUCACUUAAACCGCAAUCAUAACAGUUCAAGAAUGGAAAGACAGGAAGACCAAUAUCCGCCCUUCCUUAGCUGUUCCAAGGAAAUGGCAGGAAGUGUGGCAAGGGGACAGGAGUUUAAUAGGUUACCAUGCCAAGUAUUGAAGGUUAUUUCUUCUUUUAUUUAGAUACUUUUAGAAAAAAAAAAAAAAAAAAAAAAAAAAGUAUUAACAUUUCUGGCAAAAAAAAUGUUUCUAAUUACCCUUAAAGUAUAGCUAUGAUGCCAAAUGCUUCAGUAAAAACAAAAAGCAUAGUUUUUGUAGCCUGUGUUUUUAUGGAAGAGAUGGGUGACAUUAUGGUUUAAUGUGGUGCUAAUUUAAAUUUAUUUUGCUUUUUAUUUCUAUGUUUUCCAUAACAGAAAUACGCUAGUAACAUUAAAGGUGCAUCCGGUAGUCUGAUAUCACAAUGGUGUUAACUAUGGUCGUGGUCUAGCACAAUUGUCUCGAGUUUUAGCAAUCUAGUGAGUUUUAGCAAGCAGACUUCUACAGAUUAAUUCCAUUACUUGUCCAACAAAAAGAACCAACUCCUGAAUAACUAUCAUCAGAUCUUUACACCUAGUGUAUGGCGCGUUUUUUGUCCUGUCUACAGCCUUUAGACCUUUCUUCCACCAUUGAGGAAGUGAUGGGCACUUUCAAACCACUGGUAAUGAAGCUAAUGAAUCUUUUGUUUUGAAUCAGUUUUCGGAGCGUGUACGGAACUGGCUAAGUUACGUGAGGUGAUUUCAGCAAAAUAAGCGUUUGUUACAUCGAAACUAGGUUAAGAAAUUUUUUUAAUUUUGGUGGUUUGUUGCUAGAGGGCAUUGAUCUGUGAACUCAUGAACCAGUGUCUAAAAUAUUUAGUUUCUCUCAGCACUAAAGCAUGUAAAUUAGUGUGUCUAUUGUCUAAUUUUCGCUCUCUGAAUCACCAAACAACACUACGCCACUAGCGUACAGCAUAUACAUAUUUAAAACACUUUUUAUAAAUAUCUUUUAUCAGUACAGUCUUCAUCUCAUGUGAGUGUACACCAUUCAGACUCUUUACGAAAACAAUUUAUUUUUCAUGUUUAAAAAUGAGCGCCAAGCUACUAAAUGCACCUUUAAUAUAGAUUACGUUACAUUGGAAGGUUUGUUCAUGAAUGUUAAAUCUGUUUUGUACCUUACUUUGUAAAUUACUUGCUUCAUUCGAUUUAAUUUGAUGACAAAUUAUGAACUAAAUUUAGAGGAAUUGAAUUAAAUGACCUUGCUGUAUGGUGUGCUACAUGAAGUGUGUGUGCGUUUUUGCGUCUAUGCGGUCGUAUUCAUGAUUUAUAUCAGUUAAUAUGUGUCAUAUAUCUCCCAUUUUAAACACAUAGUUGUAAUAUCUGUUUAGCUUCCCGAUUCGCUGGGAUGAGCUCUGUGGAAAUCAAUGUGCUUGUGUGUUCAGAAGCCCAGGAGCCAAAUGAGGUCAGCAUGAAUGCAAAAAAAACCCUUUCUGUUUAUCUUGUUCCAUCAUGUUUACACACUUGCACAUUUUCACUUAUCCAUGUACACAGUUUUUGGAUGUAAAGCAGCAUCUAUGAGUUUAUAAUUCAUGGUUCAGCUGAUUAAGAACCAGUCUGCUCUUCCCCCAGAUGAGCAGACCUCCUUUCAAGUCUUUGCAUCACUGUGAGUUUCAUGGUUGCCUCACACUUUUGCCGCUCACCUUACUGUCCUGUCAAUACUAACAUUCCAGUUCCGACGUGAUCCUCACCCCCGAAUGCCUUGUUGUCUGGCCACGGGCCUGGCGUAUCUCUUUUGUAUAGUUGCAUGCUUUUAUAGGUACAUAAAUCACACAUAUCUACAUAUACAUAUCCAUUUCAACGUUAGAUAAUAUCCCUGUGCUUGAACCCCCUAACCCUUGAUGUCAAGCUGAGCUCAAAGGCAUGAUAGAACAGAGGACAAUGUAGGAAUGGUUCUAAAGAGUACUGAAAGUAGAUAAUGGGCUUCCCAGACUGGGUACUUCUCUACCUGUUUGAACUGCCCUCUCUUAUUGGUUCUCCUGAUAAUGAGUGUGUGUGCUAUUACUGCCACUGUUGUCUGUAUGUUGUGAAGAUCUGCAUUCUAAUCAACCUGACAGAGCUGUAGAAAGAUUUGGAACGAUUAAAAUGUGACGUGCUUUACGGAAA